AUGAAGAUUCAGCGUGAUGCUCACGAGGAUGAGAUUGACUUGACUGUUCUCCCGUUUGCCAAGGAAGCUAUUGGCAGUAUUGCAGAACUGGCUGUGAAGCAAGUCGAUACCAAGCAGUUUGCAUUUCAAGGAGCGAAGCGGAUAGACGUGCAUACACAUCCUAUACCUGACUGGUUCCGAGAACUGGAGUUGAAUGCAGCAGGUCGUGCAACGCCCUCUUGGACUGUGCAAGACCACCUUAAGUUUAUGGAUGAACAUCAAAUAGUACACUCAGUUCUUUGCGUCUCUACACCACAGGCAAAUGCGUUCUUGACUGAGCUGGAUGAAGACUUGAGGAAAAAAAAGACGCUCGCGCUAGCCAGACUACUUAACUGCUUCACUGCAGAGCUUUCCAGGAUUUACCCUGAGCGAUUCAGUUGGAUGGCCAUCAUGCCACUACCCAAUGUCCAAGAGUCAAUCACAGAGUUGAAAAGAAUGUUCUCAAUGAAAGGACAAGAACCCAUCGGCGUCGGCGUACUUACGAACCACGAAGGCCUGUAUCCCGGCGACACAACGUUCGAUCCGCUAUGGGCCUUUUUACAGAAAAGAGCAGAUGAAGAAGGAACAAGAGAAGUCGUCUUCGUCCAUCCCACCGAACCCAUCAUCAAGCUCGAUGACGGACGCUUGAUAAACUCGCGACCCUCUCCGCUCCGCUCCGGCCUCUGCGAAUUCUACUUCGAAACCGCCCGCGCAAUCUCCAGUAUCACCGCCUCCUCGACCGUCCUCACCUACCCCCGCCUCCACUGGCGCAUCUCCCACGGCGCAGGCGCCUUCCCCGACAUAUCCGAGCGCUUCCUACUCGGCUUUCCCAACAUAUCCUCCGCCGCACGACAGAUUUACAAAUCGCGGUUUUGGUACGACAGUGCAGGGCCCGUGUGGCCCAUGCAGAUUAAAGGGUUGACCGAGGGCAUGCAGGUGCCGGUGAGUCAGAUGGUGUUUGGCACGGAUUACCCGUAUGGGAUUGGGUUUUGGGAUGUUGGGGAGAAUAUUGCAGGGCUGGCGAGGGUAGAAUGGUUGGAGGAGGGAGAGAGGGAGAGGGUGUUUUGGGGGAAUGCGAGGGGGUUGUGGGAGGGGAGGAUUAGGGAUGUUGGGGGGAGUAUGAGAUAG